GUGAAGCUGUGUGUUCGGACCGAUCACCUCACCUCGCGGCCGCUUUCAGAUGAAUUCUUUUGAAGGAGACGGAUAAGAUGGUCAUUUCGAAAGAAGAGCAGCAUAAAAUAAAGCAAAACAAUGCCGUGCAUGGACCCCAACAUGGCCGCCAAUGGUUGUUGUGGUCACCACUGCAGGUGGGACUUUGCAGCUCUGCAUCAGUUCUCUCAUGUGUGCUGCUGUGUAGUUUGACACUCCAAUGGCCUUCAGCUUCCCCUGGGCGUGCAGCUCCUCCAGCGUGGCCCAACUCUGAGAUCGGUGGACUGGAAUAAAAUAUUAAUUAGGAGCUCAUCAUCAGUGUAACUCAAGCACAACUACGUUGUGGAGGAGGAAAGAGAGAAGAACCGUGAAUCUGAUCUCUUAGUAAGCAGAUCAUGUCUUCAUAAAACAUUCAAAGCAAAAAUGUAGGUCAGUCAUGCCACUGCAGGCCUUCUCCUUCCCUUUCCCUGAAACUCGAUUCUUCAAAGCUGGUAGUUAUAUCUUCAAGUUCAAGAUCAGAGGAGGCAGCAGCUUCAGCGGAGAAGAGGUUACGGAAGAAAACUGUAUGUAUCAGGAACUGGAGGACAUUCUCAGAACAGUUCUUGGCAACUUGGACAGCCUCCAACCCUUCUCUAGUGCCCACUUCAAUGUCUUCCCUUAUAAGAAGCCGUGGAAGGGGGCGUCAAAGGUGACGUGCAAACAUGGCGAGGAGAGUCUGAAGGCUUACCCGUUUAGUGUUAUCCUCAAUCUGGAGAAAAACACACAGAAUGAGGGAGCAAAGCAAGCGGCGGAGAAGGUGAGUCCAAAAGCCGUGACACGGCAACUCCCCUCUGUGUCUGAGCCCCAGUCAAAGCGCCGUAGAAGAGACUCGCCACUAGAGGAGGCCAUCCUAAAGGACUUACACGCGGAAAUGGAGGCUGAGGGCACGGUUACUGUGGUUGGCAGGCGUUCUCUGCAUUGCCCGCAUGCACACGGAGAGGGCCGAGAGGACCGAGGACAUGUCGACACGAAAGGUUCAAAGAAGUUUGCCGAACCCCGACAGAAAUCGGGUGUGAACACAAUCCGAGGAAGCGGGGCUCCGGGUGAAGUGCAUUCUGGGUCAAUGCAGCACAUGGGAGAGGAGGAGCGUGACGAGGAGGAGAUAGACUCUGUCUCUGGGACACCCGUGAGGCCGGGGAUGUUGAGGCGACUGGCCAGCAGAAUCUUCCCCUUCUCCCUGCUCUUCGGAGACCCCUGAAGAUUCCCUGGUGGAGAGACAGAAGGUGUUACUGGUUCCAGUGGAUUAAACUCACUGGGGGUUUGUUUGGUUAAAGUUCUGCAGCGCAAACAAAAAAGUUUUGUUUUUUGUCAAGAAUAGUAUUGCGUAACUCAUUCAUUUCCUUCCUCCUCCUUGAGCAUCUUUUACAUUAGUGUCAUUGUUUUCAUUUUCUUGAGAUGUCACCUGUUGUUCUCUUAUCAUUGGAGGCUCUAUUUCCUGUCAGCUCUUUAUUGAUACCGUCAGUCCUUUUGUUUCCAUUGGUUGUUUUUGUGUUUUGUUCCAUUAUGGAUGGAGACCUUGAUGUUAGCUUUGAGCUUUUACCUGCAGCGACUUUCUUUUUGUGUGUAUAGUUCUCUUCUUGCCACCAAAUCAGUGACUUCAUAGAUAUUUUAUAUUUCUUCUGGAUGUAUUUUCAGGAGUUAAACAAAACUAAAACUUAACAGCAGUGUGUUUCCCCGUCUUGAACUCUGCUGCAUUAAACUUUCCAUUCAUGAUCUGUGACCCUCA